AUGUCAUAUUGUGAUAAUACAGUUCGAGGACUUUGGAAAAAAAGGGGACCAGAGCUGCCAACAGUUCAAGAACCUUGCGAUUUAAACGAUGGUCAUGACUCUAAAACUGUGAUGAUUCAACUCAAGAACUAUUUGAUAUUUGUAAACAAUGCAAGACACUUUUUUGAAUAUCAAGCAGAAAGUGAAACAAUUGCUAUUUGUGAGUAUUACCCAAACACAGAAAUAGAAGGAAAUGAAUGUAACAAUCAGAUCGUAUUAAAUUUGCGCUUCGAUCAUAAAUUUAAAGGAGUCAAUAAAUAUUUGGAUUAA